AUGAGAAGGAAAUGCGCUGAAGAGAAGCCCAAAAUAACAUCCACCGUAGAAGAGCUAAAUUGCCUCUCAAAUCUAUGUGGUCUUCCUACGACAAGUGCUGAAGAAGUCAUGUCUGGAGAUUUUGUUUGGUCGUUUAACCAGUGUGACAUAGAUAGUACAACUUCACAUGUAUUUACAAAUAAUGUUGAUGAAUCUAAUGACUAUUCUUUCCUUGAAACAGAGAGCUUUCUUCUAGAUGAAUAUAAACAUCGCUAUUGUGUGCGAAAAGACACAAUGAAGACUCUGCAUGGUCGUCUCGCCAUCACAAACAGCAGAAUUGCAUUGGCUAGAGUGCAGUUAUAAAAAGAUUUUCAAUACUUUCACGACUUAGAACAGUCCAUAAUCAACGUAUAUGGUAGUGACAGUAAAUCAGACUGUAUCGAUGAACAUGACGUUCAUGAAGAUGUUGAAGAAGAAGAUGCAUAUAAUUCGUAGUAUUUUGUUGCUGAAAGCUGUGCAAUCAUACUUUUUGUAUGCACUUUUUAUAAAUAGAAACUUAUUUGCAUGCUCCUCUUUUUGCAAAUAAAAUGUAUGCACAUACGCUUGCAAGUAUAUACAUCUAAGAAGAUA